CUGACUCCAGACCAGCCGUGUGUGGUUUAUCAAACUGCGACUGUGCAGUGCAGUCUUGUUUAAGUCGCGCUCUGAUGACGUCGCACUGAGAGGAGUCGGACAGAAAGCGACCCUCCAGCAUCACCGGUGCCGUCGUAGCCCCUCGCCACAGCAGUGCAGUCGGGUAAAUUGAAGCUGGAAGGAGGAGAAAUGCUCGGUGCUGUCUGGACUCGUCAGGCUGGAAGCCACACUACUGACUGAUGCAUCCUCGUUCAGCUCACCCCUCCGUAUGCCGUCGAUGUUGUUGGCCUGGCUGUACACGGUGGCUCACUGAGGAGAACGAGGGAAGUCCCAGCGGCUGUUGGUUGGUGGGCGGCGUGCGUGGUUGCCACGGUAACUGGCGACCAUGCCAGGAGGUCGCAGGGGUCCCAGCAGACAGCAGCUAAGUCGCUCUGCUCUGCCAUCCCUGCAGACUCUGGUUGGAGGCAACCUUGGCAAUGGUACAGGACUCAGGAACAGGAGCAGUAACUCGGUGGGUUUGUCCGCACCCCCCCUCUCGGCCCUCAUCACUCCAGAGCCUGUCCGCCACUCGAGGAUUCCCGAGCUGCCGUUGGAUAGCAGCCUGCUGUUUGAGUUCCUGCUCUUUCUCUACUUGCUGGUGGCCUUGUUUGUCCAGUACAUCAACAUAUACAGGACGGUCUGGUGGUACCCAUACAGCCACCCUGCUGCCUCUACCUCGCUUAACUUUCAUCUAAUGGACUACCACUUGGCUAUUUUCAUCACUGUCAUGUUGGCCAGGAGGCUUGUUUGGACAAUAGUUUCAGAGGUCUCUCAGAGCAGCGGUGGAUCACUGCUCCGCUACGUGGUUCUGAUAGCAGCCCGGCUCAGCCUGCUGACCAUGUGUGGCUGGGUUCUCUGCUGGACGCUGGUCAACCUCUGCAAGAACCACUCUGUUCUCAACCUGCUCUUCCUGGGAUACCCAUUUGGUGUGUACGUCCCGCUCUGCUGUUUCCAUCAGGAGGGGGGUAAAAGCCAAACGGCGCCGCCUGACUGCGAUUACCCAGCCGACCACCAGCAGACUGAACUAACGGAGACCCCGUUCUUUCGCCCACGUGACUUCCUCUUCCUGUUGCGAGAGAACCUCAGAGAGCAGUUUUCCAGCCCCCCGCACAUGCCUAUCCACACCUGUCCGCCACACACACACUCGCACACACCGGAGUUGAUUCGUGCAGAGGUGGAGGAGCUGAAGAGCGACUUCAACCGGCGGAUCAAGGAAGUGCUGUUCAACUCCCUGUUCAGUGCUUACUAUGUCGCCUUCCUGCCUCUCUGCUUUGUCAAGAGCACCCAGUACUAUGACAUGCGCUGGUCAUGUGAGCAUCUGAUAAUGGUGUGGAUCAAUGCGUUUGUGAUGCUGAUGAGUCAGCUGCUGCCCCCCAGCUACUGCGACCUGCUUCAUCGCUCUGCAGCUCACCUGGGCCGCUGGCAGAAACUGGAGCACGGCUCAUACAGCAAUGCACCUCAGCAUGUGUGGUCAGAAAGUACCAUUUGGCCUCAGGGGGUGUUGGUACGACACAGUCGAUCUCUUUAUAAGGCAGUUGGGCCCUAUAAUGUCGCUCUGCCCUCUGAUGUCUCUCAUGCAAGGUUUUAUUUCCUGUUCCACAAGCCAUUGCGGAUCCUGAACCUGCUGAUCUGGAUCGAGUCCAGUGUGGUUUUGUACCAGUUAUACUCUCUGCUGCGCUCUGAGCGUUGGAACCACACGUUGUCUCUGGGCCUUAUUCUCUGCUGCAACUAUUAUGUCCUUUUUAAACUGCUCCGAGACCGUAUAGUGCUGGGCAAAGCCUACUCAUACCCUCUGUCCUCCAACAGUUUGGGGCUGAAGUCGCAGUAAAGGCUCUUCACAGUGAGACCUCACCUACGAACUCUGGAUGUGGAGGGGAGCUGGGUGGAGGUCUGGUAGAGAUCAGGGGGUUUAUUUGGCGCUCUUGCUUGGAGGUUAAGGGACAGACUGUGAACUCAUGAUCGUGUUUUGAUACGGUUCUAUUUUUAAUGCAAUGUUUAUAUAUACCUAUUUAAAAGAAUAUUUUUAUUUUGUAUACUAUUUCGAGUUACGCCGGGCAUUACCACGCUGACAACAUUAGCAUGUUGUGUUAUGUUGUUGCUAGGUGACAGGGAGGUCAGGGAAUGCCAGGAGGUGACUUUCACCAAAGAUAUUUUAAGUGCAGGUGGCCAAUCACAGAGUGUACUUGGCUUCUGACAGUCAGUUCAAUCAGACGAUCAAUCCAGAGCAGUGGAAGGAGUUGUGCCUGAGAUCCUGAAUCCUGAUUGGGCCGUUCUGCUUCAACCUUGAGGCACUAGAACCAGUGAAACAGAUGUUGAGGUUAAUGUUGGCAGUACGCAAACACUGUCACUGCUCUAGGCACCUUUCCCUUGGGAAUUUAAAGCAGUACAUUGAAAUGUGCUGUUUGUUUUCUGAUUGAGAGUUAAAUGAGAUGAUAGAGACUAAUUAAAUGUGAGGCUACAGCAUGCGGACACGGAGCUUAAAGGACAAGUUCACCCAGAAAUGGAAAUUUAAUCAUCAUCUCCUUGCCUUUAUGCCGAUGGAAAGUCGGGUGAAGUUUUCUAGUCCGCAAAAACAUUCCUGGAGCUUCUCAGCAAAAUGGCAAGUAGAAUUCUACUAAACAACUCAAGAAGCUUCACGGACCUAGUUUUGAUUCAUAGAAAAACUUAAAACGGUGCCAUACAGCUCAUCCAGAAGUCUGCCGAUUACCAGAGAUCCAUUUGAUUUGAAAAGACAUUAUUUACACCUUCAGUCAAGCUCUUCACCUGCUAAUUCUAGCUCAGCCGUUACAGUGUAAUAUUUCUGCUUUUAAAAGGGUGAAAAUAACAUUCUCACAUUUAUUAUGGAUCUCAGGAGUCAAUUACAUUGGACAAUAUAUAAGAAUCUACUUUUUAUAUUAUUUUUAUUUUUCAAUUGUUUCAGGUCCACAUCUAAUUCUAAUGCUUCACAGUAGCAUGCAUCACUGUUAAGUUGUGAAGCUCCAGAAAUGUUUUGAGGACUACAAAAACGUAUCCUUCAUCAUUAGCACAAAGACUAGAAAUGGGUGGAAACAGCUAGCCUAGUUCUAUCAAUGCUGAAAACAACUGCCUACAGCAUCUAUAAAACUCACUGAUUAACACAUAAAGUCUUCUUUGUUUAAUUCAAAUAAAAAUAACAGUGUAACACUUUUACAGAUUUUAUCUGCCAUUGCUUGACAACCAUAAAGCCUCCAAUAAGUUGAUGUGGUAAAUGAUACAUUUCCUCCUGUAAAAUAGAAAACGUUUGAUCCAUUGAUACAGUUAGCUUUAAAGGUGCUGGUCGGCAGAUUGUGUGACCUGGCCAGGCUUGCCGUUUCCCCUCGUUACCAGAUGAGUAAAUUAGCUGCAUGCUUCAGCUUCACAUUUGAUGUGCUGAUGAAAUCCAACCCAUCUAACUCGCCACCAGAAAGAAAAUGUUGUACUUCCCAAGAUUCUGAACUUCGCUUUAACCAGAGCAUCAGUGGGGAUUUUUAAAAUGUUCCUACAAACUGACCUUUUUAGAUCAGCAUGUAGGAAAAACAGCUUAGGUACUCUCGUCCACUGCCUCUGCAGAGAAUGCUGUAUUCUUCCUCACUCAUUUUGUUACUGUGUUUUUACUACGAGUGUCUGCUUGUCUCUCACCAUUGGCUAUCUGGAGGGCAGUUACAGUACCAGCCUUUAAAAACGCACACCAGGGCCUCAGCAACUGAGGAGGGAUUGAGGUACUAUCUUUGAACUCAAAGCACACCUUAAACUAUGUCCGUUUGACGGUUAAAAUGUCAGAAGGUGUCGUUAUCUUGUCACACAGCCCUUCCUGCCCUGGUUGUGAUUACUUUGAAGGGCUGCUGCUGUACCAGGUGAUUAUUUAAGUACAAAAUCAUACUGAUGUCGUACCACACUUGCCAUACUGAUCUUCUGUGAUUCAUUUAUGUUCUGAAAGGUCACCCACUCACUUUUAUUUGAUUAAAUUUUGGUGCCUGAAUGCGUGGACCACAAUGGAACCACAUGACACGGGGUCCAUCUCAUUGUGGAUUGGAUGUAGUUAAGAGAACGAAUGUGGCCAGUAAUAAAGAUUAAUGCUGGUACGUCCCAGGACCUAACCCUUCACCCACUGCAGUCAUCACGCUCCCGUUUGGAUUAGACAGCAGAGGAAGUUUUAAUAGUGACAUUUACAUGGACGAUGAAAGUCAAAGGGUGAAGAAAACCUUGUUACCAGUUCAUGUAUUCUCAGUUACCAGAAUGGUGUGACGCACAGGUUGCCUUGCAUGUUGUUGCCUUUCUGUUAAGUCACGCUUGUUGAACACCGUCCUACUCUUAAGUAGGUUCCUCUUGGGUUGGUGUUAAGGGUCAUUGUCAACCUGAUCAGCUGAUGUCAGAUAGAGAUCAAUACAGUUUGAAAAGAAAGUCUCUUUUAGCAGUAGAAGAACAUCUGAUUAUCAGUGGCUGCAUUUGGAUUAGGUAGAGUGUCUUUUCCUAAACCUCUUUGCUUGACCUCAGUCGAAAUCGUCAUGAGGUCAAGAAAAGAUGUGAAGGAGAAUAAGUAAGGAUCAAGAAAAAAAGGCAACCACGGUGCUAAGAGAAUCAGACUGUACUCACACUUGUGUCACCAGGAGUUGUGGUACAGCAUUAUCUGCUCAAUGGUUCAGCAUGUAUGCUAUAUUGAAGUAGAUAAGAAAGGAAGUAUUGAAUCUCCUUUCCUAAGCAUUUAGAGUAUUUGGCGAGCUUGCAUCAUGGCUGCCACUUGGAUAAUUAAAUGUCAUCUCAGUUAGGAACCAUCUUAAGCAACAACAAAAAAAGACUAUUCCACUGCAGCUAACAUUUCCGGUGCAAAUCUCGCAGUGACUGCUUUGAUUUCGGUUUCAGCUUGAGUGUGAACAGGGUGGAGGAAAGCACUUUUGAGAUGAACCACUGUGCACAUCUGGAUCACUGGUGCUCCUCUGUGCCUCAGCAGAUUUGUGGGGGAUCUUUGAUGAAUCACAACUACCAUACACGGGCCCAUUAUUCUGCUUUCUCUGCAAACUCAGUCCUUAAAUCGGUUCCUUGGUGCUUAUGUUUUGUUUGCGUCCGUUUUUCACUUGAAUGUAGCAUAACUUUUAAUUGAAUGCUGCUGACUUGAAUUGGCAUAUUUUUGUAUUUGGGAGCACCAUCCUUCAUUUGUGAACAUCCACAGCAAUUAAUUUUUUUCAUAAGAUGCAUUGUUUGCUACAAAUCCUUCUUCUUUGUCAGUUCUCAAAUAACAUCAUCAACACAUGCGUUUGAUUUCUUUGGUUUGGUGAAACGAGAUUUGGAAAGACAUCAGAUUCUAUCACCUCGUGACCACAUUGGCCCCGAAGUGUACUUGAUCUUCCUCCAGUCUCCAUCAAUUUUGAGGACAAGUUUGUGAUUGAUGCUGACGAUGUUCAUCUGUUUGCCCCAUAAUUAUAACACAUUUGAGUCUCGGUUUGUUUUGUAUGUGCCAUAUCCCAGGAUGCAGCUUCAGAGUCAUGGUUGAGCCUGUUGAUGAAUGUGUCGGUGCUGGAGAAGUCAUAGGAGCUGGUCCUCAUAUUUCGGCUUUUUACAGUGUUCAGUUUCCCCACAGCAUUUCUGAAAAAUGCUUUUUGAAAUCUGAAAUAAAACAAAUGGUGUUUAAACAAA